AUGUCGAAGUUUCGUAAUAUGACGAGCGGGCCAGACGCUGUUAUAUCUCUCGCUUCGAUGUUCAGAUCUUCAUUGGGCGUGAGACAUGGAUACAAAUGCAUAGUUGAUGGUGACAAAGAACUUUUCUUGAGGUCAGCGUCCCUGAUGCUACAGAACCUGGAUAUUGAGCAUCCUGUUGGUCAGUACCUUGUUCUCACCUGUCAAUCAUUCCACAAACGUCAUGGAAACGGCGUCAAAACGCUCCUCUUUCUGAUUGGGUCCCUGAUGGAGAUGGCUGUCUCUCAACAGGAAAAAGCUAUACCAGUGUGUGACAUCGUGUCGGCUAUCCAAGAAGGGGUCAAGCAGUGUCAGAAGGUCAUUGAAGAGGUCAAGCUACCAUUGUCUGAUGUCUUACAGUCAUGUGAUCAGGGCAAAGUCUUUCCAUCGACAACUGAACAAUCACCAAGUGAGACAACAACAGGAUUCCCCACUCCAGCAAUUCCUAAGCCUGCUUUAGCGAUGGUACAGCUAAGCCUUAAAGAAAAGAUUACAGAGCCUGAGGAGGAUGUUGAUUGGUUCUUUGAUGAUAAUCCAAUCCUCCAAGGUCAUGAUAGUAAUAGUCAUAUCAAAGUUCAAGGUCAUUCAAUACCAGAUGUUUUUGAAAACAGAACAAGGGACACUGACUUUGUGAUGACUUUAGCUGUAACACAUGAAACUCUCUCGGAUGACUCUGACUUUGAUGAUUGUUUUGAGGACAUUCCAGAAGUAAGAAAAACCGGAACAUCAGAUUCUUGCAACACUCCCAGUUCCAGACUUCGUGUUGCAGACACCUCGAACACAUCAUUGGCAAAAUCGUUUGAUAUUUCCAAACCCAGCAAUAAUGUCAAUUCAGGUCUUCUAGAAAGUCAAGGCCAGAGAAGACAGGAAAGUGGGACUGGUCAUGUAGAUAACAAUUUUAGUGAGGAGUAUGGUAGCAGGGAGUCGACUGUUGGCAAAUCCUCCAAUGAAGGCCAACACACCAUAAGAAGUCAGCAGGUCACAGGUCAAGGUAUUUUAGGUCCACCUGACCUGGAUAAAAAUUCCAGCCAUAGACAAGUGUUGUCUGAAACUUUUGCAAUAAAAUUGAAAGAGUUAUUACACCAAAAGAUGAGAAAUAAGAAGCAGGAGCACACAGUUAUUUAUAAUUCUAGUCGGCACUUCAGAUCUGUUGAAUCAACAGUGGACAUGCUAAAGCAAGGAAAAUUCAGUACAGAUCAAAAGAAUCUCACUCAUGAAUUCAUGUAUCCUUGUACCCAUGACCAUCAACAUCAGUCAGUAACAUCUCAAGGUCAGUGUCUGAAGGAUCAAGGACAUUUUUUUCAUAAUCAAUCAUGUUAUAAAGAGGAAAGCUUAAAUAAACAACCAUACAGACAAGAAAUACCAGAAACAACACAUUCUGUAAGUUUGGAGAAAAAGCUUGGUGAUAUACUAGGAAAGGCAAGGUCACAGAAAAUGUCUGGGGCAAUGCUUCAGAGUCGACACUUUAUAGAGAUAGGACAAUGUAUUAAUGACAUUGAAACAGUUCAAAGGUUAGAGACUAAAGGUCAGUAUAAAAUGGAUGAGAAGGUAUUCACUAAAGAUCAAACGCUGACAGACAAAAGUGAUUUUGCAGUAUCAGCAUCUCAAAGUUCAGAGGUCAAAAUACAAGAACAAAAUAUGUUAGCACAAGGUCAGAAUUCAAAGGUUCAAAAUCAGGAAAAAGGUAUGCUAUCACAAUCUUUUGAGAGUUUAGAAGUAAAAAGUGGGGAUUCAGGGUCAGUAUCUACAGGAGAUCUUCAUGUACUGUCAGGGUUUGACUUGAUGAACAGGAGAAGUGUUUGUGGAGUCAGUGGAGAGAUAGACUGGUGGGUGGGGCUGAAGAGUGUGGCCAGGAGUUUGAGUCAUUGUGAUGAAGAUAUGAUGGAUAUUUUAGUAGAGGCUGCCAUGUCACAGUGGAGGACAGAGGGAUGUCAGGAUUUGAGGAGUCAGGCCAGGUUGACGUCAGACUUGCUGUAUUGCUGUGUAACCCUGGGUCCUUUUCCUACAUCUCGCCUUGUGUCUGGGGUUAUCAUGGCUGCUGAGGUGGCCAACUUACCUCUAGUUCAUCAGUAUAAGGACAGACCACUCAAUGCUAUUAUGAUCAAUGGAGAUAUCAAGCCAAAUUAUCAUCACAUUGGAUACAAACAAACAUUGGAGGUUCAAAAAACAAUGACUGCUCUAGAUUUCCUCCACACUGAUAAGCAGUCAAGCUGGCUCAAUAAUGUGGAAGACAUACUUCAUCAGUUCUCCGUUAUGUGUCUUCUUGUGCGUGGCUCAGUCUGUGAUGAGGUCAAGGUCAUGUGUGAAACACUUGGUGUGAUUGCUAUAGAGAAUGUUCCAUAUAAGGCAUUGCAAGUGAUGUGUGCAGCCACUGUAACCAGCAUGACUACCUAUCUAACUGAGGUGAACAAGACCAGUGUGUGUAGCAGCAUUUCCUUAGAUAUCUACACCGACAAAUGGAUGAUGGGAUGUGAGGCUAAUUUUGUCAACGUUGCUUGUAACAACACACCUGUCCAGACAUGUGUUAUCACUCAUCCUACAAGAGGAGGAGGGGACCUGAUGGAACAAGACUAUUGGCGAUGUGCCAACAUUCUGUCUUCCUUACUCUCUUCCAGAUAUGUUCUCCCAGGAGCAGGGAAAACAGAAGAGUUGUGUAGUCAGGCUUUAUCAUCAAAGUCUGGUAAGAAUAGGGUCUGUGGUAUGUGUGAUAAGUCCCUUUCAACAAAUACAAAUAGUGUUUUAAAUAGGAAUGACUUCUCUUCUGUUGGUGGACUGGACAUCUAUGACAAAAAGGAAAGCACUGCUGUGAUAUUUGAUGACUAUAAAUCAAAGAUGGAGAGUAUGCAGACGGCCUGUGACUUUGUGGCUACUGUUCUCUUAUGUGAUUCCUUCAUUGUGACAGGAGUUGACCAGACUCAAGGUUUACAUAUAGACACUACAAAUCUUGUCACUGGACAAUUUGUUGAUGUGAUACUAUAA